AUGAUCCCGCGGUGUCCCCGCCCGGGUCAGUCUCAGUCCGAAGCGGGGCCAUGGCGGCCUCUGCCGGCCCGGGCCGCUCAGGGGACAGCAGUGGCCGUGUCACCGGGGCCGCGAGUUCGAGCCCCGUCUCCGACAGUCCCGGGUUCGAGCCCCGGCCGGGCGGUCCCGCUCCGCCUCCUGGGCGGCUCCUCCUCCGGGCGCUGCGGCGGGCGGGCCCGGGGACUCGCGGCCCUCGCGGCCGUGCGCUGCGGAGCCAUGGGCGAGUCUUGGCCGAGGCUGGCGCUGCKCUUCCAGCGCCGCUUCCUGGCUGCGCGGCCGCUCCGCUCGCUGCCCUGGCAGGAACUCGARCAAAGCCUGCGGACUGCGCCGGACUCCGCGCUUCUCGCGGAUAUUCUGCACGAGACAAUUCUUCAUCCUCUGUGUGUGAAAUAUCCCCCUUCAGCCAAAUACAGGAGGUGCUUCCUUACUGAGCUCAUCAAAAAGCACGAAUCCACAGCAGCUGAACCCCUGGAUGAACUCUACAAUGCACUGGCAGAUAUUUUAAAAGAAGAAGAAUCUACUCACUGUUACAAAAACUACUUACUGCCCACAGGGGACUGUGUGAGCCUCCAGGAGAGCACAGCGCUGAUCUCUGGGGGCACCACAGGACUUGUCACAUGGGAGGCUGCUCUGCAUCUGGCCCAGUGGGCACUGGACAACCCUGGGGUGUUUAGGGACAGGACAAUCUUGGAAUUAGGGAGUGGGAUUGGCUUCACUGGAAUUGCCAUCUGCAAGACCUGCCAGCCCAGGACAUUCAUAUUUAGUGACUGCCACCCCCGUGUUCUCAGACAGCUGGGAGARAACCUCCRGCUGAAUGGCUUCAUCUCGGAGCCWGGAGUGACCUGGAGCUUCCAAACMGAGUCCCAGGGACAGGAGGUGGAAGGAGAGAACUGCCAAAACCCAAAAGUGAUUGUUGCUGAGCUUGACUGGGGCUCAGUGACAGAAAAUCAACUGCUGGGUGUCAGAGCUGACGUUGUCAUCGCAGCAGAUGUGGUGUAUGAUCCAGAGAUCAUUUUAGCCCUCAUUGGGAUGCUACAGAAACUCUCCACGUCCAGAGCAGACAGAAAAGCUCCUGAGGUGUUCAUUGCCUUCACAAUCCGAAAUCCAGACACGUAUCAGCUGUUCCAGGCUGAGCUGGAUAAAGUGGGGAUCAGGUGGCAGAUCAUUCCAGCCCAGAGCAGCUGUAAUUUUCUCUAYGAUGUGCAGCCAGAUGUAAUGAUUCUACAGCUCUUUAUAUAGGCUCRGCAGACAGAACUGGAAUUUUGAGGCCAACAGGAGCUAUCUCAGCCUUGUAACAAGAGUAUCCUGAAUUCUGGAAACACACAGGAGGUGCUGAGGAUACAACUGUACACAUGGACAUGUGGAGUUGUUCCUGUAAUUCCUAGUGUGGAUCCAAGACUGCUGCUGCCCCUAGGAAGUGAGUGAAUCUCUGUGAAGCAACAGAAAACAAAGGGCCUCAAUCACACUGCACUUGGACUCUGUAGGAGACAAGAGAA